GCCCGAUUUCUCUUCCGAGGGGGGGCUCACAUGCUUCGUGCUUAUCGUCCACUCCAAGUGGAACGAACAACCUCGCCUGAGUGAAUCAGUCGGUCAAUUGGUCUUUUAAAUCCUCCAAGCCAAAAAAAAAAAGGCAGAUUGCUUCCCUCUUUGAAUUAGAAGCCAUAAAACGUCUUGGCUGAAUGUCCCGUCGUCUACCGUACCCGGUCCCGUCGCAGAGUUGCAUCUUGGCCCCGUCCCAACACCACAACACCCACACACAGCCUCUCUCGCCGCAAGAUCGCGAUAUUCCUUGAGACUAACACCUGGCAAUCAUCGUCGAGCACCACAUCACACUGCCUUCCAACCAUGAUAACAACAACAGCACCACCGCUGACAACGCCGCACCGCACAGCCGCCGCCGCUCCCGUCGCCUGCCCGGCCGGCUACCACCUCCGCCCGGGCCUCAGCUCCGACGUCGAUGCCGUCACGGCCCUCUACCGUGCCUCCUUCGGCCGCGACUCUCUCCUCGACGUCCUCUUCCCCACCCGCGACGCCCACCCCGGCGACUUCCACGCCCACAUCUACCGCCACUUCCAGGCCCGCUGGUGGACGCCCGGCUGGUACCUGACCGUCCUCGUCGACGAUGCCCUCGCCGUCCCUGUUGGCUUCACCUGGUGGCGUCGGCCCGUCGACCAGCUCUCAUUUGCCGAGCGCUGGCUGUCUCCCUACGCCUGGUUCGCCCCCCUCAUGCGGCUCUACGUGCGCCUCAAGAACCUCCUUUCCCCCACGCACAUCCCUGCCGACUCGACCGCUGUCUUCACUCGCGUCUAUGGCGCCAUCGAGCCGCGGCUCCUCUGUUCCCCGCGCCGCCGCGCCGCCUGGUAUCUCUCCACCAUCGCCACCCUCCCAUCCCUCCAGGGCCGCGGGCUCGGCGGCGUCCUCCUGCGCCACGGCCUGCGCGACGUUGACGACCGCGGCCUCGCCUGCUUCCUCGUCGGCGUCAGCGGCGUCGAACCUUUUUACCAGAAGUACGGCUUCGAGGAGGUAGAGAGGGCAAACAUCGGCGAGCUCGCCCGCUGGGACGGCGGUGCUAUCAUGUUCAGGGAGUGAACAGCAGUGAAGCCUGCUUUGUUUGCUGGCUAGCGCGUCCGCAAGGACCUUCAGGCCGGAUAUUCCUUAUUAUAGCCAUUUUCUAGUAUUCAGAUAGAUCAUGCUCACUCAUCAAAGACAGCUUUGGGGAGGAAGAAAUGAAAGAAAGGGUUCACUUGCG